GAUGCCUUGAUGACUAAGCACGACGCAUUUUACACUUUACGCGUGAUUAUCGAAUGAGAAAUCACAAACAAAAUGUUUCAAUGCUGCUUAAUCUAAUCACGACAAAUUUGUUUGUGGGAUUAUAAUGUUUGCGAUAACAUGUAAAUUCCAAAGUCUUGCAAAACUUACCAAUAUUGAUUUAAAUAUAAUACACUACAAUUUUUUUAUAUAUCGCAUUGCAUUUUGCUGCUGCGUUUGAUGCCGUUUUGAAAUGUAAUGUUUCUGUCUAAAUCUUGAUUUAUUGUCAUUCAAUUGCAAAGUUUUGACGGUUUUAAUUAUCCAAAUUGUUUGUUAUUCUGGACAGAUAUUUUAUAAUGCACAUCUGCUUAUAAUUGAAAAUUUCUCGUGAGACUAUAUGCAUUUUAUCCAUAAAGCAUCUCAGCGGCUAUGGUGGAACGCCGCGCAAUGGCGAAGAAGACUCCUGGGUCACACAAGAAACUACUCUACAACUUUUUCCGUCAUAAAUCAGUUUAUCCCACAUAAGACUCGAAAACUCUACAUGUUCAAACCACUUUUACUUCCUAGCAUUUUGUCCCUCGGUGGUAAGAACGAUUUCAGUCCAAAUCCUGAUGUUGACGCCGAAAUUGAAGAUAAUAUCACACAUUUGAUUAUCCUUGCGAAGCUUGCGCUCGAGAAAGGUGAUAAAGAACGCGCUGAGGCAAUUCUUGACAUGGGACUUAAACUCUGUGAAGAAAGAAAUAUUACUUUUGGUAUGCCCUUUAUGUACGACAUUUUGGCAACCAUAGCUUUAUCCAAUGGAGAGAUAGACAAAGCAGAGAAUCUGCUGGUCACCAUCAUUGAGAAAAUGUCGAAAGUAGGAGCUUCUGAGGAUGACCAUCAUAUUGUAGAUUUUAAAUUACGCUUGGCUAGGAUUUACAGCGCAUUUAGAGAGUACGAUCUUGCCGAAAUCGGGUUUAAAUCGUGUCUGGAAGCACAGAAACAAAAAAUAAUUGAGGGGGACAUCAGCACCAAAACAGGCAUGCUCUAUGUUAAUAUUCUCUUUUGGUACGGAAUACACAAAAUCAGAAAUAAUUAUUUUCUCAGUGCCAAAAAGUUAUUGGAUACUGCUUAUGAUUAUUCCGGGAAAAUCAAAGGCUUAUCACCUUAUCAGGAAAUGGUCAUCUUGUACACUCUCGCCGAUUUGAAUAUGGAAUUAGGUGAGAUGGACAUAGCACUAGUAAAUAUGCAGAAUGCUGUGAUGUUAGGGAAAGGAAUUGGUAGUACUGAUUUACCACGUUGCUAUGUGAAGUUAGCGAAGAUCUAUCACAAAAUGAAAGUGGAUGACCAAGCGCGAUUUGCAGUCGAGGAGGGUGUAAAACUAGCUAAAAUUUUCAAUCAUUUUGACGUGUUGCAAGAUGGUCACGAACUACUCGCCGAGCUUAACAAGAAUAAAAUCGAUUCACCCAAAAUGCCAAAUAUGGACGAUCCCGCAAAUAUUAUGUCUUGACGUAAAUUGAAAAUUAUGUGGGUGUAAAUUUUUGAAACUGUUUAUUCCACAAAAUAUAAAUCUAUUCAUAUCUA